AGACGUAGAAAUUUUCAAGAGGGAAGAUAAAAUUUGUAUAUUAAGAAAAAAAAAGUGUUGAACACAGCAAGUAUUGUUUUCCGCAAACAAGAGGAGAACGUAAUUAAAUAACAAAAAAAAUAUUUUUAAAAAAAUUGUAUUAAUAAAAAUUAUGUAAAUAGUUGAUUGUAAAUAAAAGAAAUUAAAUCCUUUGCAAAUAGAAAAAAAGUGUUAUCUUAUUAUUUUGUGCUAAAAGUUUAGUAAAAAACAGUCUAAAACUGGAUAAUAUAAUGGGCAGUUCGGAUGAUCGCGUUUACGCGGCAGAGCGUAUUAUACAAAAACGCAUUAGAAAGGGCAUUGUGGAAUACCGCGUAAAGUGGAAAGGCUGGAAUCAACGUUACAACACCUGGGAACCCGAAGUCAAUAUUCUAGAUCGACGACUGAUUGAAAUUUAUGAACAAGGUAAUAAAUCUUCAAGUACUCCCUCAAAACGUGGUCCCAAAAAGAAGGAAAAAGAACGUGAUCCUGAUCCAGAACCCGAAUCCGAUGAUGAAUAUACCUUCACCGAAGAAGAUGCCCAACCAAGUCAUGCCUCAACCUCAGCGGUGGCGGUAAACACUAUUUCCGCAAUAAAUACAACAAAUGCAACAUCCUCCUCCAACUCUGCCUCUUUAACAUCCGCCUCAGCAAAUCAUCACCAUCAUUAUCAUCACGAUAAAGAUAAGGAGAAAGAAAAAGAUAAAGAGAAGAAACAUCAUCACCACCAUCAUCAUCACCAUCACAGUUCUAAGCUAGAGCGUUCGACAAGUAGACGUUCCGAAUCACCGCAUACACAUGGCGAAAGUAAGAGGCAAAAGGAACAUAAUGCAGCAAAUUCCUCUUCUUCCUUGUCAUUUAUACCCGAAGCAGAUACGAAUUCUUCUAGUUCGGAAGAUCAACCAUUAAGUCGAAAGGAAGUGGGUACUAAACGUAAGGCUGAAGUACUUAAAGAAUCGGGUAAAAUAGGUGUGACCAUAAAAACAUCACCAGAUGGACCACCACCCGCCAAAAUACACUGUUCAGUGGAUACAGCAACACCCAUAUCCACACCACUUAAAGCUGAAACUGAACCUUUAUCGCCUGAAACACCAGCCUCAAGGCCGGAACAGGCAACACCCUCAGAAAAACCUCAACAGUAUAAUGCCCAAGAUGAUGAUGACGAUGAAACAUCUUCACAAGCAGAAUCACAAAAUGAAACGGAAAAUAAUAAUAUUCAUCACAAUAAUAACAACAAUAACAAUAGUAAUAAUAACAACAAUAACCAGCGUCAGCAGCAUUUCGAUAAUAAUUUGGAAAAUUCACCGCCUAAACAAAAAACACAACAACCCCUAACACCUCUCUCCCCGCAAGCUUUACCGCCCCGCUUCUGGUUACCCGCCAAAUGUAAUAUUUCCGAUAAGGUAGUUAUAACCGAUGUUACGGUAAAUUUUGAAACUGUUACCAUUAGAGAAUGUAAAACCGAAAGAGGCUUUUUUCGUGAACGCGAUAUGAAAAGUAGUGAUUCUGUAGCCUAGAAAACACAACAGACAGAAAAGAAACACACAAACAAACAAACAAAGAAUGUAAUAACAUGGCCAAAAGUUAAGGAUUUAAAGAUUGCUAAAACAUAUUAACAAAUUCCUAAAAGGCACUUAAUGAGACUAAAUUGUAACUGAAUGUAAAGCAGGACUUUAAAGUUCAAAAUUUGCCCCAUUUGUAUACAAAAUAUUUAUUUUUCUAAGCAAAUUUUGAAUUUAAGUUUUAAAGUAACAUUUUAUUUUUUGCUCCUUUUUGACUUUUUUUUCUUUGGCGCUUUAAAAUCAAGCAAACACUUUAAAAAGAGUUAGUUUUUACUUAGAAGCAGAGAGAAAAAAGUUUGUUAUUGCCUAUAGAAGUGUAAAUAUACUAUAACAGAAAGUAAACUAGCAAGUAAAUAUUUACAAAAGUAUAUUAUACGAAUUACAAUUAUUUAAAA